UUUUACAAAAAAUAAGAAUGACAAUAAAGAGUUAAGUACUAAUACUGAUAAAGAGUUAAAUACUAAUAGUGAUAAAGAAUCAUGUCAUAUUAAAUUUUUAGCUAAUUUCUUUCACAAGAUUGAAAGUGACAUCAAGCAAAACACACAAUUAAUUUGGCUUUCAAAAGAUUUUAAAAGCGAUAUUAUAAUGCAAAAAAUCUCUUAG